CCGAAAGUCCGUAAAAAGGACUUGACGAUGGAGGACGCAACGGACCGCGCCAAGGAGCUCGCGCGCGCCCGCGCCGCCCGGAAACGCUACCGCGAGACGCCGGAAGAGAAGGAGGAACGGUUGGCGAAAGGCCGACUGCGCAUGGCCAAGCUGCGUCGCAGCGAGGGCGCCGACGAGGCGGCGCGGCGCCGGGAGAAGAACCGCGCCCGUGUGGCCGCGCGCCGGCAGCUCGCCUCGGACGACGAAAAGGAAAAGUGGAAGCAGCAGGCCCGCGAGCGAGCGCGCCUGCGACGAGAGAGUGAGACGCUAGAGGCGCGCAAUCUUCGGCGCGAGCAUGACCGACUGCGCAUGCAGCAAAAGCGGGCCCAAACCGACGAGUUCAAGGUGUCCUUCUCCAUGUACAUGGCCGACGCACGGAGCGCAACUUGCAUCGACCCCGACAACAUCGUGCUCGACCACGAUGACGUCAUGGGGGAGAGGCCUACGGAUCCGACUGUGGCCGACGAUGACGACGUGGCCCACGGGCUGUGGCCCGACAAACCAUUUUGCUAACAUCCACUCGAAACAUUUUUAUCGAAUGAGGGCUUCGU